CAAAAGACCAUGAAAAUAUGCAAGAUGCAAAUCGACAUAAUUAUGCUGUUACGUCGCGAGUAAUACAUUGCUCUAAAUAAGAAAUUUAUUGCGUCGCGUUUGACCUUCUGAAAAUAUUUCACUGCUAUUCAAAAUUACGUUUCAAAAGAUGAUCUUCGAUAUGACAAUUUGUGUUGUAAAUCACACGCAGGUGAAAACCGCGGUAUGCUUAUACCGAUUAUAGUGCAUACGUAUCGUCGAAAAAUGUGUGACUGUAUGAUAUCACCAAUGACGUCAUCCUCGGUUCGCGCUCGACGCGCAACGCUUCAGUCAAUUGCCGACGGUUGAUGUGUAACAACGUGCCUUCUCUCUUCAGAACUGACCCCACAACGAGACAACAAUGUCCCACAACGUGACGAUAAGGACGCAAACGGUGACGACCACUUCUGGCUCAGCCUCUGCGUACUAUGUCAACUCUGGUUACUUGAAAUCUUGGAACGGUAUUUGCAAGCUCCUACAACUGGUGUUGGGUGUAGUAUGCGUGGGAAUUUCCAGUUCCGAAUUUCAUAAACACUAUAAUCAUCGGAGCUCGAACGAAAUGUUUUUUAUACUCAUGGCGACUACCUUUAUGAUCGGUACUUUCAUCAUCCUUCUCAGCUGCCUAGCGUCUCUUUCUACUGCAUCCAUUUUAAGUAAAACCAUUUACGAAUUCAUUUAUCACGCCAUUGCCUUUGGGCUAUUACUCGCGGCUUCGUUAACUUUGGUGACGUACAUCAGUAAAUAUAUGAGAAACUACGAGUUACUAUUAGCCGCUUCUGUCUGCGGUUUCAUAAACUCUGCUUUAUAUCUCAUCAGCGCGAUCAUCGCUCAUCGUGGUUAUAGGUCGAUCUAAGCGACUCAAGUGUGACUUCCUAAAUAAUACAACUUCCUCGAAAGUGGGAAUACAUUAUUUCCAGAAGGAAUUAUGACUUUUAUAAAUAUUUUGCGAACUCUGCUUAAGAAAUUAAAUCGGUGUGUAAGCUGCAGCAUGUACAACAUAUUAUGACUGUAUAAUAUCAUACAACGUUUCCAAUGAUAUCUUAAAACAUAUGAAAGACAUUUUACUGCUCCAUUUCAUGUGUUUCGUGAAAGUUCGUGCCAUUUACGCUUUGUACUUUUAUAUGUACAUUUAUUUUGUAUUUGUACACUUAUACUUUGUACUUUUAUACUAUAAUUACUGGCCCUUGAACGAAAUUGUGAAAUUAUUAUAUGAAUUAGGAGUUCUAAAUGUUAUCAAUUGUAAUUGUAAAUGUACACAAAAAUUUACGCUUUGAAAAAUCGUGACAGUUAUGCUUUGCAUAAUACAAAGUUACAAAGUCUACCUCGACACAUGUGAAAUUUUAUUGUGUACAUUUCGCAUACUAUGGUUUCACAAUGAUUGUGAUUUGUAACUAAUACUUUUGCGGAAUAAAUCUUAAUAUAUAUAUAUAUAUAU